ACUUUCGGUCAGGGGGAUAUUCCUGUGCUCUAGAGCCUGUCCUUUCCUGUAAAUCACGGGUGACUGUGUCUGGCAUUAAAGGCGACUGGUUCAAGGCGUUCAGGGGUGGAGCCUUCCGCCCGGAUGCCCAGCCAAAGCAAUAGUGGUUGCGGAUGCCGGGCGUCUGCUGCGGAUUUAGGGUCUUCCAAGUGUCGGAUUGUUGCUGAAUCGCUAGGACUGUCCCAGAGCCUGGCCUCGACUGUGUCCUCGGGUGGAUUCUCACCGUGUCCUCAGCCGGAAGGAGGCAACGGAGGCUGCGCGUCGCGGAGGCUUCCGGUCAGCGACAUCCGACCCCUCCCCUCCCGCAGUCCCAACCAGACGGGGCGCGGGGACCAUGGGGGCCUGGACCUCCAGGGCCCGGGUCCCCAAGCCGGAGCUCGGCCCGCAGGAGACGCUGGACCUGAGCCGCCUGCCCCCGGAGCUGCUGCUGCUGGUGCUGAGCCACGUGCCCCCGCGCUCGCUGCUGUCGCACUGCCGCCGGGUGUGCCGCGCCUGGCGCGCCGCGGUGGACGGCCAGGCCCUGUGGCUGCUGGUGCUGGCCCGGGACGGCAGCGCCGCGGGCCGCGCCUUGCUGACGCUGGCCCGCCGCUGCCUGCCCCCGGCCCGCGAGGGCGUGCCCUGCCCGCUGGGCCAGUUCUGUGCGCGGAGACCGAUAGGACGCAACCUCAUCAGCAACCCCUGCGGCCAAGAAAUCCUAAUGCCUCAGUUUCCCUGGUGCUGCGCGUACCCCCACGUGAGCCUUGUCUUUACUUCGCAGAAGGCCUGCGCAAGUGGAUGGUGCAGCAUGGUGGGGAUGGCUGGGUGGUGGAGAAGAACAUGAAAGCCGUGCCUGGCGCCCCCUCGCAGACCUGCUUCGUGACUUCCUUCAGCUGGUGUCGCAAGAAGCAGGUCGUGGACCUGGAGGAGAAGGGUCUGUGGCCAGAGCUGCUGGACAGCGGUGGCGUGGAGAUCGCAGUCUCUGACUGGUGGGGAGCUCGGCACGACAGUGGCUGUAAGUACCGUCUCCUUGUCAAGCUUCUUGAUGCUCACCAGAACGUCCUCGAUAAGUUCUCAGCUGUGCCAGACCCCAUUGAGCAGUGGAACAACAAUAUCUACCUGCAGGUCACCCAUGUGUUCUCCAGCAUCAGGAGGGGCGUCCGUUUCGUGUCUUUUGAACACUGGGGCCAGGACACCCAGUUCUGGGCUGGCCAUUAUGGGGCCAGAGUGACCAACUCCAGCGUGAUCGUGCAAAUCUGUCAGUCCUAGUCAAACGCCACCACCUUUUGUCGGGAUAGCCUGACUGUGCCUUCCAGGGGCUGGGGCUGCUGACUGGAAUCCUUCACAAAUCAAGCGCUCAGACCUUCCUGGCACGUGUAACUCUAGGAUCCGGUGGAGGGUCCUGCUUGGCCUCGUUCAGGAGGCCUCCAUCAGAUCUGCCCGUUUCUGCUCCUUGGGUAGAGCGAGGGUGGGGGGCUGUCCAGGUGCCCAAGUGCAUGCUCAUCACAGGGAGGUCAUAAGCUGCCUGUUUCAUUUAGUCUCUCACGCCCUUUCCUCAGCAUUGGCCCCACCCUUUUUUGAGACAGGCUCUCGAGUAUCCCAGCUGGCUGAAAACUAAGGAUAACUGUCGCUUCCUGCCUUUGCCUCUCAAGUGCUAGGAUCACAGGCAUGCGCCACCGACACCCAGGUCUGUGCGAUGCUGGGGAGGAGCCCAGGGCUUGGUGCAAGCCAGGCAUGCUCACCAGCUAAGCUGCAUCCCCAGGACUGCCUUCUUGUCACCUCGGUUCUGCCUCAGGGACUCCCUUUGUCCCUCCACUCGUGUGAACUUACCGCUAGCAAAAUUCCAACUCCCAUGUGAACCCACACUCACACCGUUACACCCAGGGCUCCUCAUUGAAGGGUAUUAUCUGCCCACAGAUAGUCUCCAAACAAUGAGGAAGUGCCUCGAGCCCCGGCCCUGAUCCUCAGGGACCUCUAUAAUUGUGUAAUAUUUAAAGUUAUUUAUCAUUUUCUCAAACAGUGAGAGAAUAAUAGUAUACCGGCAAUAUCUGUCUGCCAAUUGCACUGUAAUAAAUUGAUUAUUUUGCCUAAA